GUUCGCGCUGCCUCCUCCUCUGUCGUGUCACUGGACAGGAAAAAAGAGGAAGGAAUAUGGUUUCGUCUGACGCUCCUCCCGUUUCAGCGCUGCUAUAGCGGAUCUCUCGUAUGAGCUGGAGGCUGGAGCUCGGUCCUGCACAAACCGCCUCUAUACCUGCGACUACAGCCAUCCCUGUGACCAACCAGCCUGCAGGAGCGCUACCAACACACCGGGAGACAUAAAUGGUGGAGGCCGUGGUGGAGUUUGACUAUGAGGCUCAGCAGGAUGAUGAGUUGAGCCUGACGGUGGGCGACGUCAUCGUGAACAUACGGCGGGACGAUGGAGGGUGGUGGGAGGGCGAGCUAGGUGGACGCAGGGGCCUCUUCCCCGAUAACUUUGUCAGGGAGAUAAAGAAAGAGGGGAAGAGGGAUGGAGGACCAGCAGGCAUGAUCCGGUCUGAACUUUCCAAUGGCAGGGCCAGCCCAGUGUCUGACCCCAGUGUACGACCAGGAAGGAAAGGAGACCAAAUCCGCAAACGAAGAUGCAAAGCUGCGUUCAGCUACGUGCCUCAGCAUGAAGAUGAGCUAGAGUUGAAGGUUGGAGACGUCAUCGAUAUUGUAGCAGAGGUAGAGGAGGGAUGGUGGGAGGGAAUUCUUAAUGGGAAGAGUGGAAUGUUUCCCUCCAAUUUCACCAAAGAGCUCCUGACAGAGUCAGACACACCCUCUUUGGACACGCCCACAUCACAGGAUGAGCUCCGCAGUAGCUGCACUAGCAAGGAUAGCCCAGGCAGUGAAAGCGAUGGAGCGGACUGUCGAUCAGAAACAGGGAUAGAAAUCCAACCCAAGAAGAUCCGCGGGUUUGGCUUUGGUGACAUCUUUAAAGACCAGCCCAUCAAGCUCAGACCUCGUUCCAUGGACGUAGACUCAGAGAGGGACAAGGUCAACGAGGGGAAAUCGAGCGUUUCAGCUGAAAGUAUGAAGACUGAACCCGACAGCAAAGCUAAAGGGCGGGAGCAGUGUAAAGUCCUCUUUCCUUACGAAGCACAAAAUGAAGAUGAGCUGUCUCUUAAAGAAGGAGAGAUCAUCACCAUCAUCACCAAGGAGUGCGCUGAUGCAGGCUGGUGGAUGGGGGAGAUCGGUGGGAGGCAAGGCGUCUUCCCUGACAACUUUGUCAAGCUGCUAGAAGUUGAAAAAGAGAGACCAAAGAAACCACCUCCUCCCAGCGCGCCAUCAGCUAAACACAACACAGGGCCUAAGAAAAAGGGAGACUUGUACAGUCAAACACCAGAAACAUCUGAAGUCAAGAAGGUUCCUCCUGAGCGUCCUGAACAUUUGCCCCAGAGAGACCAGGAUCGAGGUGAAGAUGUGAAGAUUGGAGACAUCCCUAAGCCCUUCCUCCCAACUCUCCUACCCAAGAAGCCCCUCCCCCCAAAGUCAAGCUCCUUCUCUUUGUCUAAUCCCCCACGCCGUCCUGAGAGACCACCUACACUAACGUGUGAAAGCCCCAAGUCUGAGGGCGGGGCUUCGACACCAGAUUCCACCUCUGAUAGGUCACAUGACACCGAGUUGGAUCUGGAUGCAGUCGUCCCAUCAACAGAGAAACUGAGUCACCCGACAGUGUCACGCCCCAGAGUCACAGACCGCAGGCCACGCUCGCAGAUCAUCACACCGGUGGCGUCUUUGUCCAGUAUGGACCUGGACUCUCCAACAGUGGAGGACAGGAAGGAGAAGGAGAGAGGAAAGGAUGAGCAUGAAUCGGUGUCUGUUAGACCUGUAGAUGUUUCUCUGAGGAAAGGAGUUCCUGUUAUCCCUGUACCUGACAGUAAAGCACCGCUGCCCAAGCCCUCUAUCCUGACCCCACCAAGCUCCAGCCAUCGCCCCAUCUCCCCAUCUUCCUCCGCGGGUCAGACCCCCUCCCCCGAGCUCCGACACUCACCACUGACUCCCCCAACACUGGAGGAGCUCAGGAACCACCUCAGAGACCUGAGAGCCUCCAUAGACCUGCUGAAGAGCCAGCACAGGCAAGAGAUGAAGCAGCUGGCCAGCGCACUGGACGAGGAGAAAAAGAUGCGUAUUAGUUUACAGGUGGAAAUAGAGCACAUAAAGAAGAGCCUGUCCAAAUGAGGACCAUUGCAUCCUUAUCGGCCCACUAUGAUCACAUCCGAGGCCACUAUUUGAAAACAUUGUCAUUAUUGGUUUUGACACAGCCAAAAACAAAGUUUGUGCCAAACGGUCAUCACGAUCAGCAACACUUCUGCACCAUGGAAAUCAGCAACCACCCCACCCCCACCCCCCAGCGCCGCCUUAUCCUUUGUUUACGUCUUGAUUUUUCUUCUAAUUGAGGCUUUUCUGUUCAGUUUACUGUUAUUUUGUUGGAGCUUGCUGUGCCACUGGUACUGGCUGGCUUGUUGCUGCGUGUUGCCACGGUUACAGAACAAGGACACAGAGCGGCAGUGAAAAUCACUGGUACUUUUUCUGAGUGAAGGAAACAUCGACCUCUGUAGCUCGGUCGGCUCAGAUGACCUCUGUGCUGUUCUGCGUCCACUCUGUGGCCUUCACCUCCUACCUGUGUGUGAGUGUGUGUGUGUGUGUGUGUGUGUGUGAGCGUUCCUUCUUUUCCUGCUUUGUGAGGGACUUAGUUGUUCAAGUUUCAAAGCAGGGACAUUUUUGAAAAUGCACAUAAGCUGCACUUUCACUGCAGGAAAUCUUCUGAGCGCUGAACCUGUUUUACACCAGAAGACCCAGAUCAUGAAUAAAGAUCCUGCUUGGCUCUAGUCCCAGCUGUUCACUGGUGCCAUAAACUGGAAACAUUUUUUUUUAUCUGUGUCAGAGGGACCAAUGACAAAACGCAGGCCAUGUAUAAGCAAGCAUGCAUACAAUAUCUGUUUAUACAAGGAGACAGGGUUUAAAAGUCACCAGAAUUUUGUGUGGUCCCUUGGAAAAACCAAUUUAGCCAAACUGCUGCUGCUUUUUGAGAUCAGCUGACCAGUAUGACCUAUCUGAUUCCUGUGGAAACAGAACUGAAGAAAACAUCAGUUCCUUGGAAAACUACCUGACAACUUAGCACAAAUGCAGCUUUAGCUAUAUAAGCUAGGCUAUGAGUGGUUUAAAAUGGUAUUGGGUCUAUACUUGCAUAUCUUUACAUGAUUUACAGUCCAAAACUCCUUAUUUAGGAGUGUAUAAACUCAGUUUACCUCACCUAUAAAGCCUCCUUGAUUUUAGUUGGUCAGCAUCCAAUGAAAACUAGCAUCCUCAGUUCUUUUGAAUUUGUGAACAUCAAACAUAGACAUAGAGUUUAAACUUGCAGGGAACAUUUUUGCAUUCAUUCCUGUGUUAUAAAAAAUUGUACUCAAUGAUUUUAAAGUAAAAUGCAAGUGACUGAAUCAAAGGGAAAUUUUCUGAGCAUGUAUACUUCCAUUUUUUUAAAAUUGUUUUUAAUUGGCUACAUCUCAAAGAGGAAUGAACUCGAAAGAUUAUCAGAAUUUUCCUAAACAGUCUCACUGAAACAGCUGAUGUGAUUUAGGUGCUAAUUAGCUUGCUGGUUAGCUUGGCUUAGCAUUAAGGUUGGUAGUUUUACAUCUUUAUAUCAUCUGUAAAUAAAUUACAUGUAAAAGUGACAGUUUAAGUUUCUCCAAUGACAGAGAUACCUGAAAAAGUCACCGCCCAUCACCAAGAAAUAAGUUAAUACAGGUUAAAAGAUCAGGAGUUUUGGAGGCGAUGGAAGCACAAAAAAAUUAACAUUAAAUAAAUAAUCUCCACAUUCAUGAGAUUUACAAAUUUCAGACUUUGUUUGGGAAAUGAAGUAGCGACAAACAGUUUGUUUUCUUGUGGGAUGGGAUGAUGAUCUCAAGUUUUUUCUUGUAUUUUUUUGUAUUUAAAAUGAGCGAUAAUUACAACACAAGUUGUCUUUUCAAAGGGGUAUUAAGGUUUAUAACAAUGGCCCAGGGUGGACAUGGGGGAAAAAACGGCCUCCAAAUUUAGGCAGAAAAGUCCUUACAAAAUACUGGCAUUUGAUUUAUUCAUUCUGAUCCACUUUGCUUUGCAGAUGUCUCGUAGUGUCCGUGCAGAAGUGCCUCCAUCCACCAAAGCAGCAGAGAAAUUUUCAUUUUAAACAGUUAAAGGAAGUGUUGCCUCUCUACACAAACAGAAAUAGGUCCAAGUAAGGAUUCUUAUUUAGGACAAUUAAACUCAGCAAACAUGAAAAAUAAAUACAAAGGUCUGUGACUCUGCAGUUGAAGUAAUAAUGUGCCCCAGGUCUGUUGAAAGUUAUCAUCUGUUUCUUGUUUUAAUUGCUUAGUUUUACUGUCAUUCUACAGGAAGAAUUAGUUAAUUUAAUGCAGCACUAUAGACAAACGCCCAAUAAAGCACAUUUUAAAGAAACAAAUGAUUUCCUAUGUGGCUGGAAGAUAAAAAAAAAUACAUGCACAAACACCUGUAUUUGUCAUGGGUAAUCCUUCUGUGCAUAAAUUUUCCUUUGCACCUUUAUAACACAAUUCCAGAGAACUUAAACACCUGUGCUGGUGGUUUCACAUCCUAAUAAAAUAAAAUGAAUUAAACUGUGAUUCAUGCACAGCUCAUGCUUCUGAUGCAGGUAAAAGGUUACUCUGAAGACGUAUUGGUGGAAUGUAGUGGCAGGUCCAUACUGGUAAAGGAAUUUUAAACGAGUGUGUAUGCAUGUGUGUGGCAGCAUGUGUGGCAGUUUGCCUCCCUUAUAUGUGCACAGAAUCUAUGGCAACCCGUCACUGUGGCCUUCCUGUUUUUGAUUCCAAAUCUUUAUUUCUUCUCUUUUCUUUCUGUCUUUCGUAUGACAAAUAGAAAACUGCUACAACUGAGACGACAAGCUGUUUUCUUGACUUGGUCCUUUCUCUCCAGGAUAGUGACAAAUCUAUAUACUUUUAUAUUUCAGUGUAAUAAAGAUACUAUUAUGUACUGUA